AGGCUGCUCCUGCCGCUGUCGCUGCUCCUGCCGCUCUCCCUGCUCCCGGUGCCUGGCUGCAGCUCGGUGGGGAUCCCGGGCGUGGAGCGGCGUUGCGGCUGCUCCGGCGGUAGCGUAUCCCGGGAAGACGCGCUGUGGGCUUGCAGGCGGGCGCAGGUGCCCCGGAGCAGCCCGGCCCGGCCCGGCAGGUUCAGGUGUUUUCGUCCCUCCGUCCCCCGCUGGCAGGGUCCGCGCGGAGAAACGGAAUGUUCGGUAGCACGCACUGACGGUGUCCAUAGGCGAGGCGUCGCCAUAGAGGCGUGCUAAGCAUGGAGGAAGAGGAGGACUAUAUGUCUGAUUUAUUUAUUAAGCAGGAUGUAAGGCCAGGCUUGCCCAUGGUAAGGCGGGUGAAGGAAGCUAUUCAGAAAGAAGAAAAGCAAAAAGAAGCUAAUGAGAAGAACAGACAAAAAAGCAUAAAAGAAGAAGAAAAAGAGAGACGUGAUUUGGUACUGAAAAGUGCAUUGGGCAACGAAAACAAAGGCUUUGCUUUACUCCAGAAGAUGGGCUACAAGAGCGGCCAGGCCCUUGGCAAAAGUGGAGAAGGCAUUGUUGAACCGAUUCCUCUGAACAUAAAAACAGGCAGAAGUGGGCUUGGUCAUGAGGAAUUAAAAAAGCGAAAAGCCGAAGAAAAACUGGAGAGCUAUAGACAAAAACUUCAUAUGAAAAAACAGGCAAAUGAACAAGCUGCAGAUCAGUUCAGAAUAAGAUUCAAAACCAAACAAGAAGAACGUAAGAUGGAAGGGGACCUGCGAAAAAGCCAGAGGGCCUGCCAGCAAUUAGAUAUGCAAAAAGAUAUUGAUGUUCCCAAGGAGACUUGGUUUUGGAUAGAACCUGAAGAGGAAGACAAAAAGGAUGAGGAAGACAAGGAAGAUGAAUGCACAAGCUCAGACUUAAGUGUAUCAGAAAAGCUACACAUCCUGACAGCUUAUUUGAGAGAAGAGCACUUCUACUGCAUUUGGUGUGGAACAACCUACGAAGACUCUGAAGAUUUAUCUUCAAACUGUCCUGGAGACAGUGCUGCAGAUCAUGACUAAAGCCAGUCUAAAGGAAGGAGCCCUGAUAAGUUUAAAUUCUAGAGCACUGAAGGUGCUAGGUCAGCAGCAGCUGUGAAGAGAUAAGAAAACACGCCUUAAAGUACUGAAAUUCAGUGAAGAUUAACAUUCACCUAUUCCUAGUAUUUUUUCUGCCAAAACUACUCUUGGUAUCAGUGGGGGGAUUCCAGUAAUUAUUAGAAGUAUCAGUGAACAAAUCAGAAAGGUUUGAGUCACAUACCACCAGACAGCACUUCUUCCAUGGAAAGCAAUAGAUAACUGUAAGGGAUAAUGGAUGCAGCACAUGCAGGGAUUUGCCACAGCCCAGUUAGCACUUAAGCAUAUCAACAUAAUCUUCAGCAGGGGAAAAGGACUGGGUUCUAUUACUUAUUGUACAAAUCAGUCCAGCUCAUCCACAACCCAUGUUUCCACGUAAAAAUUGCACAUGAUUUCUUGCAGAAGUGCCCUGUCCUGGUUGCAGCUGGCAGACACGAAUGGUGAUGUGGCCAAGGAAAAGACAUGCCCCACAUCUUGCUGUUGCUUCUGACAUCUGUUGUCACUUCAUCAAUUGUAAUAAAUUCAUCAUACUCUGGAUUUAAACACAGUAU